AUGGCAAUUUUCGAGGUUUUGAUGUUGCCGUUUCGCAUCGCCCAGGGCGUGCUAUCCAUCAUAAUCCUCGGCCUCACGGCCUAUGUCAUCAACUCUUGGAACGGCAUCUUAUGGUGGGAGUCUCCUUCGCAGGUCAACUUCCUCCUCUUCUGCAGUCUCUGGACCCUCCUCGCCCUCGUUUACCUCGUUCUUGCGCCGAUGCGCUUCCAGGCGGCAGCUCACAAGUAUGCCAUUCUCGCAGCGGAGGCGGUCACGAUGAUCUUCUGGUUUGCAGGUUUCAUUGCGCUUGCAGUGCUUCUUGGUGAUAUUAGAUGUGGGAGGUGGGGAGGCGUGUGUCGCGCCAGUCAGGCGGCCACGGUCUUUGGUGCUUUCGAAUGGCUCUUAUUCACUGCGACCACUGUUGCCGCUGCGUUGCACGCCUUCGGCUUAGGAUCGAGUCGUACGAAACAGCACGAUCCUGCGAUCCAGGUCCAGCCGCAAGUCUAA